GGGCAAGAAGAUUAGUAUUGAGAAAAGAAGAGCAGUAGCUCUGGCGGGUUCUCGCCAAAAAGAGAACAAAAUCACCCCUAUAAUUCAACACUUUCAACAUUUGGUAUCAGAGCAGAUGCCGCCGAAACCUACCGCCGCCGACAAAGACAGGCUUGACUCUCUUGAGGCAAGCCUCGAAAACCUCCAAGCUACAGUCCAAACUACUGUUCAUGAUGACGUACGAAGGGUAGAGGGGACUGUUGCAGAGCUGGGAGAUUCUGUUGCAACAUUGGGCGGCCGACUCCAGGCCCUCGAGACAACUUCCGCAGCUACACAAGCGAGCGUUGAUGAAAUCCUCCGUCUCAUCCAACAACGCCGGGUAAACACGGCCGAUGCCGAUCGAUCGUCGGCCGGAUCGAGUCUCCAAUUCCAUCGUGGAGAGAGGAGGGAUGAACGAGAUGACGGAGGGCGCGAUGAUCGUCGUGAGGAGGCUCGUGGUGAGCGUAGACACUUCCACGACCGCUACGAGUGCCGGGACGAGCCAUACAGGCAUGGACGCCAUGACCGCUACGAUGACCAACAUCGCCCGAUGUUCCCAGCCCGCUAUGCUAAAUUGGAAUUUCCCAGGUUCGCAGGGAACGACCCAACAGAGUGGUUCACGCGUGUCGAUCAAUUCUUUGAGUAUCAACAAGUGGAGGAGGAACAAAAGGUUCCUCUUGCGUCCUAUCAUUUAGAAGGAGAAGCUAACCAAUGGUGGCGUUGGCUUCAGAAGUCCUAUAUUCAAGAAGGCCUAAACGUAACCUGGGAAUUGUUCGCCAAUGAGCUCUGGACUCGCUUCGGACCAGCUGACGAAGAUGACGCUGACGAGGCUCUCUCCCGAAUCCGUCAAACAGGCACUCUUCGUGACUACCAGCGGGAGUUCGAGCGCCUGGGUAACAAGGUUCAAGUAUGGACCCAAAAAGCCUUAGUCGGAGCGUUCAUGGGAGGAUUGCAGCCAGAAAUCUUUGAGACUUUGCGCCUGUUUCGACCCGACUCGCUGAAGGAAGCCAUUCGCCUAGCCCGUAUUCGCGAUGAACAGCUCCGACGAGCUAAAACUGUAGGUCGUCCGGUCGCAAGAACCGCCAACGAACCGUCCAACAAACCGAUGGACGAACCACCCAUGCGCAGCGGACGACCUCAACUGGCGAGACGCAUUCCCUGGGAGGAGCAGCAACGAAGGAGGGCUGCUGGCCUUUGCUUUAAUUGUGAUGAAAAAUUUGUGCCAGGCCAUCGCUGCAAACGGCCGGCAUUGCUCCUAUGCGAUGGGUUCGAGGAGGACUAUGUGGAAGAAGUGGAAAAAGAAGAACAUGAAGUCUCUUUUCAUGCCAUGAAUGGUUUAAGUGCCGGACGCACCAUGAGGAUGUGGGCUAAGAUUGGUUCGGCCCAACUAAUGGUUCUUGUGGAUAGUGGGUCGACCCACAACUUUGUGGCCUCAAAGAUUGCAGCCCGUUAUCACUUGCCGGUGACACACGUCAAAAACUUUGACGUGAGAAUUGCGAAUGGGGAACCUCUGCCAUGCAAUUCAAGACAUGACGACGUUAAACUUGCCAUACAAGGGCUGACUUUUUCUCUUUCACUCUAUGCCAUUGACGUAGCGGGGAUUGACGUCGUACUGGGAAUUCAGUGGUUGGCUUCGCUAGGUAAUGUUCUUUGCAACUGGCAUGAAUUAACAAUGGAUUUUGAUUGGCAAGGUCAACGAAGAAGAUUGACGGGACUUGCUCCAAAAGUCCAAGAAUCAGAAUCACUAAAAAGCCUUCUCAAAGACAUACCCCAAGGGGUUCUCCAUGCUUUAUGCAUGCCCUCGACUGACGACGAUGCAUUUCGACAAAUUCCGGACGCAUUUCAGGAUAUGAUUCGCGACUUUGGAGAUUUGUUUGAAGAACCCACGACCUUGCCGCCAUCUCGAAGCAUUACACAUCGCAUCCAGCUCAAGGAGGCGGCCGACGCCGUCAAUGUACGGCCGUACCGGUAUGCACACUUUCAAAAGGAGGAAAUUGAAAGUCAAGUCAACAAAAUGCUCCGCGAUGGUCUCAUUCGACCUAGCACUAGUCCAUUUUCGUCUCCUGUACUAUUGGUUAAAAAGAAGGACGGAACGUGGAGGUUUUGUACAGAUUACCGGGCCUUGAAUGCGGUGACUGUUAAGGAUCGGUUUCCAAUUCCGACCGUCGACGACAUGCUGGAUGAGCUACACGGGGCUGCCUACUUCACCAAGCUUGACUUACGAGCUGGCUAUCACCAGGUACGGAUGCACCCAACAGAUGUUCCAAAGACGGCGUUUCGAACCCAUAACGGCCAUUACGAGUACCUCGUAAUGCCAUUUGGGCUAUGCAAUGCCUCGACCACCUUUCAAGCAUUGAUGAACGAGAUAUUUCGAGAUCACCUACGCAAAUUUGUUUUGGUGUUCCUCGACGACAUUCUCAUCUACAGCAAAGAUAUGACCAGUCAUCUUAGCCACCUACGACAGGUAUUCCUCAUUCUCCGCAAACACCGAUUUUUUGUGAAAUUCUCCAAGUGUGCAAUUUGCCUCCAUGAGCUCGAAUAUUUGGGCCACAUCAUCACUGCCGGAGGCGUCAAGGUUAUCCCUGCUAAAAUCCAAGCUAUGAUACAAUGGCCAAGACCUACCAGUGCGACCGAGCUUCGAGGGUUCCUUGGGCUGACAGGCUACUAUCGCAAGUUUGUUCGAAAUUACGGCCUAAUAGCUCGACCGCUAACCCAACUCUUGAAGAAGGGUCAAUUUGCCUGGAAGGAAGAUGCCACCGCCGCGUUCGAAGCUCUCAAAAUAGCUAUGACGUCAACUCCAACCUUAGCUAUGCCGGACUUCACCAAGCCCUUUGUAGUCGAGACGGACGCUUCCGAUCACGGGUUGGGAGCUGUCCUAAUGCAAGGAGAACGACCUAUUGCCUUUAUGAGCCGAGCAUUAGGGGUGCAAAAGCAAGGGCUCUCAGCCUAUGCGAAGGAAAUGAUGGCCAUCAUUGCAGCUGUCCAACUUUGGCGGCCUUACCUUCUCGGGAGACAAUUCUUCAUUAGGACCGAUCAAAGGAGUCUACGUUUUCUCUUGGAGCAAAGAAAUACCACCCCGGAACAACAAAAAUGGGUUAGUAAGCUUUUGGUCUAUGAUUAUGUGAUUAUCUACAAACCUGGUCGUGAAAAUCAGGCAGCUGAUGCCUUGUCCCGUCGACCCCUGGUACGAGAUCACGAUGGGCCGCACAUAACUCCGAACAAGGGGGUUAUAAUCCAUAACGUCGAGAGAACUCGCUCACUCAGUGGGUCUCACAUACAAAAUGGGCCUGAUCCAUCAGGCGAGCCCACCUUUUCACAAGAACCCAUCUUGAUGACAAAUGCAAUCCCCACUUCACAAAACUCUCAUGUGAUGAAGGAGUCUCAGCAGCUCAACAGCAUCCCUUCCGACGAAGUCUCCGCAGGGGCAUCUGGAGAUAAAGAUCACCAAGCGCAUUAUGCCGGGGAUAAAUCAGAGUCACCUAAUCCUUCGGAGAAAUCCUUGGCCAUCUCCCACUCUUUUUCAACGUUAGGUGAAGCUUUAAAAAGAGCUGUCGAUCAAGAUCCUUAUUUGCAAGGAGUAAUCCAAAAGGCAAAUUCUCAGAACCCGGGGCACUUCUCGGUGAAAAGAGGUAUGGCACUUUACGACGAUCGUGUGGUUUUGUCCCCCAACUCUCCCCUCGUUGAUCAGCUGCUGAACGAGUACCACUCCACACCCAGCGGCGGUCACUCCGGAGUCCUCCGCACCUAUAAGAGGCUCGCUUCGCAAUUCUUCUGGCCGAACAUGUUGGAAUCAAUCAAACGAUUCGUCGCCAGCUGUGAAGUCUGCCAACAAGCAAAGACCCAGGCUCUCGCACCGGCAGGACUUCUCCAGCCGCUGCCAAUCCCCACCCUCAUUUGGGAUGAACUGUCAAUGGAUUUCAUUGACGACCUGCCAUCUUCCCCUGGGAAAACAGUUAUCCUGGUUGUUGUCGAUCGACUGUCCAAGGCAGCUCACUUCAUGGGUCUUUCUCACCCAUACACAGCCAAAACAGUAGCAGAUGCAUUCGUUAAUGGAGUCGUCAAGCUACACGGGAUUCCAAGAUCCAUCGUAAGUGAUCGUGACCCUGUUUUUGUGAGUAAUUUUUGGCGUGAACUGUUUAGGCAAUCAGGUACCACGCUGUCCAUGUCUUCCUCAUACCACCCACAAACUGACGGUCAAACGGAGGUCGUUAAUCGAAGCCUAGAGCAAUAUCUGCGAUGUUUCACCCACCAACAACCUCGUCGCUGGAUGACAUAUCUUCCUUGGGCUGAAUUCUGGUACAACUCCACGUAUCACCGCUCCAUUGGGACAACUCCAUUCCAGGCUGUCUAUGGUCGGGCACCUCCAACCAUCCGUUUCUACCAGAAGGAUGGGACUGUCGUCCAUGAAGUCGAUCAAGCGCUACUCGACCGUAACGAGGUGCUCCAGGACCUUCGAGUCAACCUACAAAAUACCCAGACGCGGAUGAAACAGCUAGCUGAUGCCGGUCGAAGGGAUGAGGCAUUUGAAGUGGGAGAUUUAGUGUAUCUCCGUCUUCACCCAUAUCGGCAACACUUGGUCUACCGCCGAGCUUCCCAGAAACUUGCUGCUCGCUUCCAUGGACCAUAUCGCGUUGUCGAGCGCAUUGGGCCAGUAGCUUAUCGUGUGUCAUUACCAGUGGGCUCAAGGGUUCACCCAGUAUUUCAUGUCUCUCUGCUACGUCGCUGCAACACUCCGGAUACGCCAAUCAACAAGGUUUCACCACCCAUAGCUGAUGAUGGAGCUCUCGAGCUCAUACCGGAGACUAUUCUAGACACUCGCUGGGUUCGGCGUGGCAACAAGUUUAUCGAAGAAUCCCUUGUCAAGUGGCACAGCCUGCCGCGGGAGGACUCGACAUGGGAACACACUGCUGCCUUGUUCGAUCACUUCGAUGAUCAUAGCCUUGAGGACAAGGCUAUACUUCCAGGAGGGGGCAAUGAUGAGCUCAUGAGCGGUACGUCGGUGGACCAGGCCUAUGUAGGUCAUGCAAAGGUAGGAGAGCCCAACAAACGUGGCUAAAGAGGAAGCCCAUGGAAUAGAUUGUAGCUGCUGCUUGCGCCGGAAGUAAGUCGGAUUGUUUAAGUCGGUUAGGAUUCAGAAUUGUGUGUUGCUUUAGUUUGAUCGGAUUUGUUUGUUGCUUUAAUUUGAUUGAGUCGUAGCUGUUAGGAUUUGAUUUCGUAGGAGGUCGGGGAAUAACAACUUUGUAAACCCCAUCUCAUUCUCGGAUGUAUUCCCUCUAUAUAUAUAGAGGCUUCAAAUGAAAUAAAGGGCAAACA